AGAUUUAAGACAAUUUACCAUUUUUAAUGAGAAAAAUUCUUUUAGUCAAUAUUGUGGUGAUCAAUUAAACCGCGCAGAAAAUCUGGAUGUUUCUUCACCGUUUCACUUGACUAAUGAGAAUCAGUGCUCUGAGCAGGUAGUAGUUAGUUGGGACUCGCCGUCCCAAGAACCCAUUUGUGAUCAUGUUACUGGCUGCCAUGGCUGGAAAGAUUCUACUUGUAGUAAUGGAAAGUGUCUUUGCAAUGCAAACUAUCAUUGGAGUGGCAAGUUCUUAAGCUGUAUCCAAACAGAUUCUUCAGAACAUGGAUACUUUCCUAAUGCUACAAAACACUCCACAAAAGCAAGCUCUUCUUUCUCUUUGAUUCUUGGCUUAACUCUUUCGGCUGUGGUUAUUCUAGCAUGCAUCGUUAUUUUGGUUUAUGUAUGCAGACGGAGAAUAGCUCUUAUGGUUAAGCAAGACAAGGAAAGCAUUCAGAGAAACAUUAGAGGGCACUUUACCGACAGUGAAAGGCAUGUGAAGGACUUGAUAGACAUGGAGGGAUUGGAAGAGAAUGAUAAUGAAGGAAUAGAGGUUCCUUACUUUGAUUUUGAGACCAUAGUGACGGCAACUAAUAAUUUUUCAGAUGCAAAUAAGCUUGGUAAAGGUGGUUAUGGACCAGUUUAUAAGGGUACACUACAAGGUGGUCAAGAAAUUGCAGUGAAGAGGCUUUCAAGUGUGUCAUCACAAGGUUUACAGGAAUUUAAGAAUGAAGUUGUUUUGAUUGCCAAACUCCAACAUCGAAAUCUUGUUAAAUUACGCGGCUAUUGCAUAAAGGGAGAAGAAAAAAUUCUAUUCUAUGAAUAUAUGCCUAAUAAGAGUUUGGACUUAUUGAUCUUCGAUCCUGCAAAAAGCAUAAUUUUGGAUUGGCCAAUGCGGUUUGAUAUAAUUCUCGGAAUUGCUCGUGGACUACUCUAUCUUCAUCAAGACUCUAGACUUAGAGUUAUUCAUCGAGAUUUAAAAACUAGCAACAUUCUUCUAGACAAGGAGAUGCAACCAAAAAUAUCCGAUUUUGGAUUGGCAAGAAUAUUUGGAGGCAAGGAAACAGAAGCAAAUACUGAGAGAGUUGUCGGGACAUAUGGAUACAUGUCUCCCGAAUAUGCAUUAGAAGGACAAUUCUCUACAAAAUCAGAUGUUUUCAGCUUUGGUGUUGUCUUGCUUGAGAUCAUUAGUGGAAAAAAGAACAUGGGAUUUCAUCGGACUAGAGAAAUUUCAAGCCUUUUGGGUUAUGCCUGGACACUAUGGAGAGAAGAAAAACUCCAAGAUUUAAUGGAUUCAUCUCUAUGUGAUACUUAUGAUGCUUACCAAAUCAUUAGGUGUUCACAAAUAGGACUUUUAUGCGUACAAGAUGAGCCAGAUGAUCGUCCACACAUGUCAAAUGUUGUGACCAUGCUAGACAAUGAAACUACAUUCCUAUCAGUUCCUAAACAACCAACCUUUUUUACACGUAAAAACCUAUCUAACACAGCUUCUUCAAGUGUGCAACUUGAAAGUAGUAUUCAAGAAGGCCGAUAGAAGCUAAAACAUGCUUCAAUUGUGUUGUAAUUAAAGGAAAAUUUUACUUCUCAAAUGUGUUGUAAGUGAAAAAAAUGGUGUUUAAUCUUUUGAGAACAACGUCUGAACCGUUAAAGCCCAAGCCAUUGCCUGAGUCAUUGUUAUACUAUAGAAAACAGUUUUAAAAUUUCUCUACAAUAAGUAUUUAUUACAGUGUUAUGUAUGAUGAACAAAACCGUUAGACAUUCAUAUCAUAAGUAGGCUUUAAAAAGUGUGGAAAGUUGACUUCAAACAACUUUCGUUUAUUAAGCCAACUAUUAUGCUUACUGGUCCAUAGCUAAAUUAUAAUAGAUUAAUUAUCUUACUAAUAUAAAAUUAGUAAUUAAAUGUUGUUAAUAUAAAUUUAAAGA